AUGGGUCCUCGCAACAAGCGACGACGUCUUACCGACCCUUUGGACGAUCUGAAUGACUCCGAUAUCUACAAGCCCGCAACUGGGCUGGAAAAGAACAGCUGGAAUGGAUUCUGUGAGAUUGAAUCAGAGCCCGCUCUCUUCAAUGUGAUGCUCCGUGAAUUCGGAGUAAAGGGUGUCAAAGUCCAGGAGGUGGUCUCCCUGGACGAAGAAAUGAUGGCGUUCCUCGACAAACCCAUCUACGGCCUGAUCUUCCUCUUCCGUUGGCGGGAGGAUGAUCCCGAGAAGCAGGAAGCGAGCUGCCCAGAUGGCAUCUGGUUUGCAAACCAGACGGCUAGCAAUGCUUGUGCUAGCGUAGCUUUGCUGAACAUCGUGAACAAUAUCCCGGGCAUCGACCUUGGGGAGAAUCUGCAUCACUUCAAAGAGUUCACAAUGCCGUUUACACCGGCUUUGCGGGGAGAUGCCAUCAACAACUUCGAGUUCGUGAAGCGAGUACAUAACUCCUUUGCCCGCAAGAUGGACAUCCUCAACUCGGACCUCCAGCUCCAAGUUGAGUCCAAAACACGGAAAAAGUCCUCCCAAAACCAAGAUGACUAUGAUAACGAUGACUCGUCCUUCCAUUUCAUCGCGUUCAUGCCGGUCAUGGGCCAAGUCUGGAAAUUCGACGGCCUGGAGCGACAACCUCAAUCAAUCGGUCAAUGUUCUGAAGACGACUGGCUGGAUCUGGUCCGCCCGAACCUCCUGGAUCGGAUGGCCGCCUACGAGGAAGACCAAAUCGAGUUCUCGAUUUUGGGAUUAGUUCGAGAUCCCCUACCAGACCUUGUUCAACAGCUUGCCGUGAAUGUAAGGAGCCUGGAGAUGAUUCAUGAGCGCCUCCUGUCCGACGGCGACACCACCGCGGCAGCCACCACCAUCACCCCCUUCGAGGGCACGGUGAUCGGCCCGGAGCCAUCCCUUGCGUUGACGCGGGCCGUGAUCAAUGCCGCCGAAAUCCCGGAGGAAAGUGUGAGAGAAUACCGGAGAUGCUCUCCAAGUCAACUUCAAGAGCAUCGACAAAGACUCACCCAGGCGCAGGGUGAGCUUCGGUGUCGAGUACGCGAAGAACAGCAGUCGCAACGUGCGGACGAUGACCAUGCGACCGGGCGGCGUUAUGAUUAUGGACCUGCAGUGCGAACAUGGCUACGCUUCCUGGCGCGAAAGAAGGUGCUGGCUGAGUUGAUUCAAUAG